AGAUGAAAAGUUGGUCAGUCUGCUGCGGAGCAUUUCCCUGAGUGACACGACCUUCCCGGGCUGCGCACCGACAGUUUGAUGAACGGAUCAGUGUGCGGGAUUCACUCCAAGUCGGCCGUGUCGCUAUGGGAACUUUGCAGCUAUGUUAGAGAACACACCAUCCACUCAUCUGUUUUCUGCUCACCUCAAAAGCUGUCGGAGUUUUACGCAAUGGAGUCUGGAGCGGGACGAGGCGACGGGAUCCACCGCGCGCUUUGGAGACACAGGAUGUGUGUGUAAAAGUAGACAGACCGGGGCCAGUCAUGGAGCCUGAGCUGAACUGCAGCUCCCACUGUGAUUCCCCUCUGUGCUUCAUCCACGCAGGAGUCAACAGGCAGGAGGGUCUUGACAUUCUGCAGAGACUAUGCAGCCUCAGCACGCUGGCGGUGGAGCUCCCGAGGCGCUCGCUCUCCCCGGUGCUGAGUGCUGUGGUGUGGACGCUGCUCUCAUGUGGCAUCCUGCUGGCCUUCUGCUUCCUCCUCUUCACGCUGCGCUUCAAAAACAACAGGAUAGUGAAGAUGUCCAGUCCUAAUCUGAACAUCCUGACUCUGUUGGGGAGUCUCCUCACUUACAGCAGUGGCUUCCUAUUUGCCGUGGAUGAACGCACACACUGGCACGGUGGAGCAUCUUCGGCUGUGAUCCAAGCUCGAAUGUGGACUCUGUGUGUCGGCAGUACCCUGGUGUUCGGUCCGAUUUUGGGGAAGACGUGGAGACUGUACCGGGUUUUCACCCAGCGACUGCCCGACAAGAGAGUGAUCAUCCGAGACAUCCAGCUGAUGGGCCUGGUGGCUUUGUUGAUCCUGGUGGACCUGCUGGUUCUCACCUUCUGGAACCUCACAGACCCCAUCAGGUGUUCACGGUCUGUCGCAGCUGCUGUCAAGGUGGUGGACAGAGACGUUUCCUACACAUUGUCACAGAUGGACUCUUGCUCUUGUGUGUACUCAGAUCUAUGGGCCAUCAUUAUUGCUGUUCAGAAGGGCAGUCUCCUCCUCUAUGGCACUUACCUGGCAGGGUUGACCAGCAACGUCAGCCACCCUCCAGUCAACCAGUCUCCCACCAUCAUAACCGCCGUCACUCUGGUCACCCUCUCCUCGGCCGUGGUCAUCCCUGUGUCCGUCUUCUUGCACGCUUGGCCCAACCUGGUCUACAGCACCGUGGCUGGAGCCAUCUUCAUGUGCACACUAGCCACUAACUGUAUGCUGUUUGUGCCUCAGCUGACCCAGUGGCGGCAGUUUGAAGAGGAUCAGAACAACCCAGGUCAGAUGGCGAAGUAUUUCAGCAGCCCCAGUAAGAGCCAGCAGUCUGCGUACAGCCAGGAUGAGAUCUACUACCUGCUGGGCGAGAACAACUCCAUGAAAAAACUCCUCAAUGAGAAAAACGCUGUGAUUGACAGCCUCCAGGAGCAGGUGAGCAACGCCAAGGACAAACUACUGCGCCUCAUGUCAGCCAGCCAGUCGUGCGAGGACCAGAACAUGGACUCCUCUGCCACCAACCUCAACUCCUCCUCCACUCAGACCACGGAGCUUCAGUCCGACGGCCCCUCUUCUUCUUCUCUACCUCAGAGAGUCGCUAAAUCUCAACUCUCACCUCCUCACCUCACUGCUGCUGCUGUUUCAUCACCCGCCGUUACGCUGUCGUCAGCGCGUCCCGCUGCUCCGAACUCCUCAAACCCCAGGACGGCUUCCUCCCCGCUCCCUCACGAUGUGUAUGCGGAUGAAAAUCUAAAGAGUGUGUCGAUCCCUGGCUCUACAGACAAAGACACGAGAACAGGGGAGGAUCUCAAACAGCCCGUGUCCCUCCCGUCCUCUGGAUUACCUCGGACAGCAGAGCAGACCGUCAACUUUGUCACGUCCCUACAGUGCCGUAGAGGGUUAAACCCCUUUCCAGUUGAAACUUUUAGCAACUAUUGUGGCCAAACAUCUCAGCUGAGACCGACUGGCUUUGUGAGCAGUGAGCAGUUGCAGGAGAUCCUCCAUGAGCUCAGCCUGGAUGCGGUCUUGGAAGGUGCACUUCGAUCUCCCAGUCAAACAGCCAGGACGCCCUCUCAGUUAAAAUUCUCUGCACUCUCGCCGCUGUCCCUGCGGACGCCACACUCCCCUCAACCGCCCGUUCUCUUCCGUUACCCCAGUAUCUCCCCAUACGCGAUGAGAAAACGUCGGCCGCCGUUCAACUCUUCCAGAAGAGGUUUGACGCCUCCCUUCUUCUACUCCGGAUGUGGGAAGAUAAAGGAAAAGUGUGAACGCCAACAUCCAGGAGGGAACCAUGACAAGGCGACUGUGGAUGGGACCUUCCUCCCGGUCCACAACAGUGACCUUGGGCUGCAGGAGGAGGAUGAAGAGGAGGCAGAAAGCCAUAAAGCCCAAAGAAAGAGUCGGAGGAGCGUUUCGAGGUCUCACAGAUGUUCAGCCUUGCGCUGCAGAGAAAACGAUCACACAGAUCCACCUGAUGUGGAGGCAGGUGGGGAUAAUGAGCAGCACCACAGACGCAUUAGAGACUCCUGUGGUUACUGGGACUCAGACUCCAGCAGCUCAACAGACUACUGUUACUACCAUCGUCCGUACUGCGACUCCUGCCUGCAGCGGGGCUCGCUCCUCUCCUCCUCGGACUCCUCGGACUCCUCGGACAGCGAGUACGAAGGCUUCACCAGCCUGUACCGCUCCUCGCACCCUGUGGUGUUCAAAGAAGACCUCAAACCCACCUUUGUAUGAGCACGGGUUCACUGCACUUUACAGGGUCAUGCGUUUCUACCAUUGGAAUUCAUGUCGUAAAAAAUAUUUCAAGACACAAUUUAAUUAAACAUAUGGCAAAUUCGUAUCUAAUAUGGGAGAUGAUUUGAGUGAAUAUGUUCUGCUGUUUACUUUUUAAAAUAUUACUUAUGGUCUUAUUUGUAUAUUUCUGCUGUCACAUGAAACCCUUACAUUCCAAAACUGUCUAAGUCGGACAUUUAGAGUAAAGAAAAACAAAGAAAAGCUAAAUUAAAGGUUUUCACGUGACAGUUAUUAUUAGUUAUUUUAUAUUUAUUUUAAUAUUUAUUAGCGACUGUUUUUGGAGUACAGAAUAAUUUUCUGUCUCUUUUAUUGUUUCUCACUGUCAAAUGCGUUAAUGAAAAUGUUGCACUGCCAUUUUGUUGCAUAAUCUGCAUUUUGUUGUUUGCUUUAAGUUUGAAAUGCCCUGCGUUGUCUGUACAAAACAACACUUGUUGUCACAUGCUUCCCAUCCACAGCUGGUUUAUGAGAUAUCGCACGCUGUCAGAGCAACUGGUGUAAACAGGUCACUGCUACAUUUCUAUACACUUCAUUUUUUUCCCAGUA